AAUAUCGCUUUUUUAAAAAGUAUAUGGAAACAUUUUUACAUGAACACACUUAUUUAUGAUGACAGAAGAUUUUUUUGCAUCCAAGGACGCCAUUUAUCAAAUACUAUUAAAGUAAUACCCAUGAUGUAGCUUAUUUUAUCCCUCCCUUGUGUUCUCAGUGUUGGGGGCGAUAUUGGCUGCUUGGUUUAAUGCCAGCGCAUUCUUAGGACCAUAGGUUAUAUUUGAAUGUGCACUCACCACCCACCUCACAUAAAAAGCUGCCCAUUGUCUGGAUGAGCCACUCUUUUACUUGUUGCAUCCCUGCUGACACCAUCUGACAGGUGAACUGAGUAGCCCAACAGAACCAGAGCCAUGAAUCCCAAAGGGGAUAAGCCGAAGUCGAAGAUUUCGGCUUCCCGGAAGCUUUCCCUCAAAAUGCUCCUCCUCACCAGAGCCUGUGAGGAUUUGGAGAAGGAGAAGCAAGACCGGGAAGAAGAGAAAGUCCGCUAUCUCGGGGAGAAGCUGCCGCCAUUGCAGCUGUCGGGACUCUCUAUGGAUGAUUUGCAAAAACUGUGCAAGCAGUUGCAUGAAAAAAUUGACGUUGUGGAUGAAGAACGGUAUGAUUGUGAACAUAAAGUGGUCAAACACAACAAAGAUAUUCAUGAGCUAAAAUUGAAAGUGCAGGAUCUUGGAGGUAAAUUCAAAAAGCCUGCCCUGAGGAAGGUCAGGGUUUCAGCAGACGAGAUGAUGAGAGCUCUUCUGGGUUCUAAACAUAAGGGCUCAAUGGAUCUCCGAGCAAACCUCAAGUCUGUCAAGAAGGAGGACGUCAAACAAGACAAGGUGCUUACCAGUGAAGUGGGUGACUGGCGUAAAAAUGUGGAGGCGAUGUCAGGCAUGGAGGGUCGUAAGAAGAUGUUUGACACUGGCGGUGGAGCUCAGUGAGGAGAAAAGUGGCCAAACUGACAGAAAUUUGAAGCUAAAACUGGCUUUUCUUUACAGUUCUUUCAAGUGCAAACCUGAGCACUUGAAUAAAAAAAGGCAACCUAGAACUUUUUGAAUGUCAAUAUUUUAUUUUGUUAAACCUAAAAACAAGAAAAGAUAGCAUAAUAAACAGAUUUGUAUCUUGA